GCUCAUCCGAAAAAAAAAUUAUCUACCGAAGGCUUCAUUAUACCACUGCUAGACAAACAUAUGAGCAAGCUAUAGUGGAGUCCCCUUAGAAAUUAGUACCUCCCGUAGUCACAGUAACUUCCGCUAAUAUGUCUGAUUUACACGAUCUUUGUAAGUUUCCCACCAGACCUAUUGAUGGUCUGUAUGUUCAACAGCUUAGGCACUACUUGAAGAAUGGUAUACCAGCUACAUAUACAGUUGAAGAAGCCUAUAAGGUGUUGAACAAUAUAGAGGAAUCUGAAUUGGAGUCUGAUAAUAUAGAACCAGCAACCACCACUACCCCUUUACAUUUAAUCUGUCAGCACGUUCCAAAGGACUUGACCAAUGAUGAGUUAAGCAUUGUACAAGAGAUGAUCAGCACAUUGUUUGAAUAUGGUGCUGGAUGGUGUUUUACUGAUAUUAAUAACAAUACUCCUGGUUGUAUUUUAAUUGAAAGAGGAUUUCAUGACUCUCCUCUUUAUCAGUUAAUUCUUGAUGCUGGGGUAAGAGCCGAAUUGUUAUUACGAAAGGUAUCUGAAUAUGAUAUGGAAUUCAUAGAUGAAGAAGAAGUAGCUUUACAGCACGAUGAAGAAGUACCUCAACCAGAAUCUAUUGAGGAAUCAGUUAAAGAUAUCGUGGAAAAUCCAGUUAAAGAGAUAGAUGAUGCUCCAGAUGCGCCAUCUCAGAAUCAACAAUCAUAUUUAAAUACUAAAUUGGAGUAUGUGGACAAUGCACUUAUAACCAAAGACCGUAAAGAUGGAGUAAUGAUGAGUUGGGAAACCAAUUUGAUGCAACUAGGAUGUGAUUCCUUAUUCAAGGGAGCCAUAAUCGAAGGAUCUGAAACUGAUUCCGAAAUCAAUGUCUUGAACAUUGGGUUUGGAAUGGGUAUAAUUGAUACUAUGAUUCAACACCAAUCACCUACUAAACAUUAUAUAUGUGAAGCUCAUCCUGAUGUACUUAAGAAAUUAAAGGAUGAUGGUUGGUAUGAAAAGCCAAAUGUAGUUAUCUUAGAAGGCAGAUGGCAAGAUCAAUUGGAUGCAUUGAUGUCACAGGGAGUAUUUUUCAAUGGGAUAUACUACGAUACAUUCUCAGAGCACUACAGUGAUAUGUUAGAAUUGUUUGAUUAUAUCGUAGGAUUAUUAAAACCUUAUGGUGUCUUCUCAUUCUUUAAUGGGUUAGGAGCCGAUAGACAAAUCAUCUAUGAAGUCUAUAAGAAAUUGGUUGAGAUUGAUUUAGAGAAUUACGGUUUGAAAGUCACUUACACCAACGUUCCUGUUCCUAAAGAGACUUUACAAGAGAAUGAUAAAUCUGUAUGGGAUGAAGUUAAGAGAUCUUACUGGUCAUGUCCCGUAUACUAUCAUCCUGAAGCCAAAUUUAUAGACAUAUAAUAUAGAACUUGUAUAUAUUAGUUAAUUAAAA